AUGAGAAAGAAAUCACCGGAGGUUAAUGAAGAGGAUAGUGAAAAGGCUAAUGAAGAAGUUGGCGAGAAGGUUGAUGAAGAGUUGUUUGGUUAUAGGAGAAAACCUUAUGAAAAUGCUUUCAAUGUAAAAGUUAAUAAGACUGAGGUCGAUAUUUCCCUUGAAGAAAAAAAUGAAAAACUUAAUCUUAUUAAUACAAAAAUUAAUGUUAAUAUCAAGGAUGAGUUCAGUAAUGUAAAACUUCCAUCUUUUUCAAAGAUUAACAAACAUUUUACCUUUCAGUCAGCUGACAAACUCAUAUAUAUUGUCAUACAAUAUCCUGUUAAAAUGAAAGAAGUUCAUUAUACCGUAAUGUAUGAUCAUUACAAGCUAAAAAUUCUUAUGAGCAAUGGAAUUGAGGAUAAACAUAUUGUUAUUAAUUGUAAAAGUGGUAGUGAAAAAAACGUUCAACCAUUCGCUUGA